UGCACCAGGUACACCAACUAGAAUAGGUGCUAGUGCUUCGAUAACGAGUGAAGAUACAUAGAGUGUUGCCAUAAUACGUUAUCUACUUAUACCUCAUAUUCUAAUCAAGAAUUUGGAAUUCAUCGUCCAAAAUGACUACCUCCUCGACGAUACUUCUUUGCAUCUUGUUUGCAUCGAUAACGGUGGUUCUAGUGGAGUCUCGAGCUAUACCAGCUGAACCUGUUUCACUUAUGAUGGACGCCUUUGGAAACCCAGUAUUAUUUGUAAGAGAGAAAAGGACACCAAUCCAACCCUAUCCCCAAAGAGCCAUGAUGUUCACCGGAUAUUAUAGGCCAGUACGUCGUUCCAAUAACGGUGGCCAAGCAAGUGGUGUCUUUGCCCAAGGAAAUGCGGUCAGUGGAGAAGCUUUCUUUGGUGGUUUGCAAUCGCCCAACUUUAAAAAUGGUCCUGAACCUAUCGAGGAACCGGAAGUGUCCAGUGCCGAGGCACAAGCCGCUCCAGAACCUGAGGAAGCUUUGCCUGAAAAUGAUCAAGAGAUACCGGUACAAAACGAGGAUCGAUAUGUACCAGAGGAUCAACAUCAUGAUCAAGAGGAACAUGGUCUUCAAGCUAACGAACAGGAAGUAAACGUUUCGAAACCAGAAAUUGAGACACCUGUAUCAGCAGACGAAUCAAUAGCACCUUCUACCGAAGCAACGGUGAAUAAUCGACCAAAGGCUAGUCUUGGAAAAAAAAAGAAGGUCCCAGUUCAGGUGGAAGAUGAUGAAGAUGAGGAUGACGUAGAUGACGAAGACGAGGAUCCUGUUGUACCUUUCGUACCUUUCAAGGGUAAUCGUCGUCGUCAAGGCUAUCCACACCUGAACAAUUUUUUCCCAAUGGUCUUUAGUUUCCCUGGUGCAUCCACUCGUGCUGGAUCCUCUGGUUCCCCACCUGGAGCGGUAACCGCUAUUGCUAAUAGUUACUCCACCGGUAAAGGUGGUGUUGCUAGUUCUGUAGCAACGGCAUAUGGCGGAUCACCAAAUGGUAAAAAACGACGUACAUCACCCGCGGAGGAAUAAAUCAUAAAUGUUUCAAGAAGGUGGAUCAACCCAGCACAAAAAAGAUCGUUAUCCUCGAGACUUAAUUUUAAUGUUUACGAAAGAAAAAUGGCA